AUGAUCGAGUUGGUCAUGCGUUUGGAUAUGGUCAUAAUCAUGAUUAUGAUCACAAAUAUAACAACUACGGUUAUAAAGGCCACUGGGGACACUGGAGUCCUCACGGACACAAUAGUCAAUCUGGAUCUCCGGGACAAUCCGGCCAAUAUUGGAUCCGGAUCUUCUGGUCACCCACCUCAACAUUCUUCGAACGACGCUGACCGCGUGGUGUUUCCAGAUUUUAACAACCAAGUUCCUACAACUAGGGCUCCGCAACCAACCCGACCAGUUACAACCAGUACGACUACCGUUCGGCCCACUACGACAGACCGAUCGCUGCUAGACCUGGUCAUCUGCAUACGCGCCUGUCCGACCACAUCGGAGUACAACCCCGUCUGCGGCACCAACAACGUCACCUACAACAACCCUGGGGCCUUGCAGUGUGCUAGGAACUGUGGAAUCAAUGUGGGAGUAGCCCGCCAGGCGCCGUGUCCGCGCGCCGUCCCCCAGAUCCCACAACCUACCAGCACUGCCAGGCCCAUUACCAAUCCAACCACCAGAGCUACAGUUUCUGGGCAAACCACACGGGCCACCCCCGUCACUAGACCAACCACAAUGAGACCCACAGCAGCACCUACUGUGAACCCUACACGGUUCACCAACAUCGAUGUCAACAGACCUAGUCCUACUCUGAUACCCCUUGAUAUUUUACAGAGUGUAUUCGGUACCGCCGCGCCGACUACCAAUAAUAAUGAAGAACUUGAUUUCGAUAUUGAUAAGCGCAUUAAUUAACCCCUAGAUUAGAUAAUUAAAUUAUAUUAAAUUAAUAAAUGAAUUAAUGCCUAAUCGACUUUCUU